GCUCCUGUCACCAUUUUGUCGGCGAGGGAGUGGAGCACCUUAUUUAUUUGUAUUUUUUGGUAAACUCCAAUCGCCCAAGCUCCACAUCGAAAUGGAGACGAAGGAGAAUUCCCUGACGCAGCUGGACAUAAUCCAUGAGGAUGCGAUAUCCCCUAAGAUGGAUCUAGAGACUGCAUUGAAAGAAUGCUCCGCCGCCCUCGACCUUUUCCUGAACAACAGGUUUGCCGAUGCACUGGCUGUUUUAAAACCCUGGAAGAGCCAGAGCAUGUAUCACGCAAUGGGCUACAGCAGCAUCUUGGUGAUGCAGGCAGGCAUGACCUUUGAACAUACGGACAUGGAUGCUGCCAUGACAUCCCUGAGAGAAUCCCUGCAGACAUGCCAGAGGUUUCGGAAAAAAACUGGUAUAGUGGAGACUCUGACCAGCCUGUGGUACAGGCAGCCAGCUGACAAUAUGACGGAGGAAGAGGUGCAUGCGGAGCUGUGCUAUGCCGAGGUUCUGCUCCAGAAGGCAGCGCUCACGUUCCUGGAUGAGAGUAUAAUCGGCUUCAUCAAAGGAGGGAUGAGAAUACGAAACAGUUAUCAGAUUUACAAGGAAUGCCAGGCCAUGGCAGUUGUCAUGAAAGACAUGGGAAAACUCAAGAGUACGCACAGUCAUUUUAGAGGCGGUGUCAACAUGGGCAUUGGAUCGUUUAAUCUGAUGCUGUCUCUGCUUCCAUCCAGAGUCCUCCGACUCAUGGAGUUUUUGGGCUUCUCAGGAGACAGGGAGUUGGGGUUGUCAGAGUUGAGAGAGGGAGCAGCCAGCAACAGCCUGCGCUCCAUCCUCAGCACCCUGACUCUGCUGAUGUUUCAUCUCUAUAUCACGGUGAUACUCGGUACUGGAGAAGGAGACCUUGUCGAGUCCGAAGCUUUACUUGAACCCUACGUUGAGAAGUUCCCUAAUGGAGCCCUCAUUGUUUUCUACACCGCAAGAAUUGCUUUGCUCAAAGGAAACUUCACAUGUGCCCAGGAGAAGUUCCUGGCGUGCAUCGCAGCACAGGAGGAGUGGCAUCAGAUUCACCACCUCUGCUACUGGGAGCUGAUGUGGGCCUACUCCUUUGAGCAAAACUGGAGGGAGGCUUAUCAAUAUGCCGACCUUCUCUGCAAGGAGAGCAAGUGGUCCCAGGCUAUUUAUGUUUAUCAGAAAGCCGCCAUCUUGAGCAUGCUCCCGGAGGAAGAAGUGACUAAACUGGGAGAAGACGUGGUCGAGUUAUUCAGGCAGGUGGAGGGUCUCCGUUUGAGAAUUGCUGGGAAAUCUAUUCCAACGGAGAAGUUUGCAGCGAGGAAGGCCCAGCGAUACUCUUCCUCUAGCCCCGUGAAAUUGGUCGUUCCUGCGUUGGAAAUGAUGUAUGUGUGGAAUGGCUUCACAGUAGUUGGGAAAAGGCCUGAGGUGACCGAAGCCAUCUUGACCACCUUGGAAAAAGCAGAGCAGCAGCUUAAAGAUGAUCCAAACCCAUCAGAGUAUCACACGGAUGACGAGUGUGUCGUCCAGCUGCUGAAGGGCUUGUGUCUAAGACAUUUGGGUCGUCUGGUCCAGGCUGAGCUGUGCUUCAACCACGUCAUUUCCAGUGAAAAUGUUAUCAAGCAUGAAAACUAUCUGGUGCCAUUUACCAUGUACGAGCUGGGCCUGUUGCACAAGCAGAAAGGUGACUUCAAGACGGCCGUCACAGUGAUUGAAAAUGCCAAGCUGAACUACAAAGACUACAGCAUGGAGUCUAGGCUACAUUUCCGCAUCCAUGCAUCACUCAACACGAUGGGCUCCUUUUCGGCCAAACUUCCCCCUUCGCGUACACCAGCUUAAAGACCCCGUGGCAGGAAACUCAACAAAAAAAAAGAAAGAUAUAAUAUAUAAAAAUACUACUCUCUAUGCCACCUUGAGCUCUGUGACUGCAUUUCAAAUCCUCUGGAUGGGCCUCCUGCUUUAAUCCCCCACCCCCUUCACUUUGUCGGCACAGAAGUGCAAAGCUCUGAGGCACAGCCCUCCAGACAGGGCAACUUCUAAACCUUGUUUAAAAUGUACAAAACUGGUCUGAAAUUACAUCUAGGGCAGCGAGUAGCCUCUGACCUUCUUUAUUUACUUUGUUAUUUUUGUUGAAAUACACUACACCUUGCUUGUCUGCACUUCAAUAAUGGGAUAUUGAGAACAUUUCACUUGCCCUGCUUGUUAAUGUCAAAUCAAAGCAUGCUUGAUUGUUCAUAUUUUUUUUUUUAUAUACCAUCAUGUUUACAGCGAACAAUCUUUAAUGAGGUCUCUACCUCAAUGUAUUUCUGUGUUCAAACAAAGUUUGAAUGAAUCUUGUAAAAAGAAAUAAAAGUUUGUCUGUUCUUCUUCAUGCCA